AUGCAAAUAUGCUCGUGUUUCCAAAGGCCUCUCGCCCUCAAAGAGGCUAAAACAUUGUUGGUGGUGUUGACCAUGGCAGUGUUGGUUACAGCUCGACCAGAAAUCCUGGACUUCGAGGGCGAGGAUCACCAGCACCAGCAGGAGGGAGACGCCGGGGAGCACGUGGAAGGAUCCUACAGCUGGACGUCCCCCGAAGGCGAGGAGUUCCACGUCAAGUACGUCGCCGACGAGGACGGCUACCGGGUGCUGGAGUCGAACGCCGUGCCCGUGAACCACGACGGGACGGCGGCGGACGGCAGUAGUUGGGUCAUUGCCAUGUAG